AUGGCCGCUCCCGGCCGCACCUGGAACGCAGACGCGUGGCCGAGUGAGGGGCGCCCGAGCGGCCGACGGCGGGGCCCGGCAGGGGAGCCCCGGAAUGCCGGGUCCGGGGCGCUUGGCGGGGCCGGAUCCGGGGGCGGGGAGGCCCUCGAGGGCGGGCGCCCCAGGGAUCCUUUGUUGGGCGAUCCCCCCCCGGGAGGCCCGCGUCCGCCCCGCCCCGGCCCGGGAGGCGCCCCGCCCCGGCCCCGGGACCCCCGCGCCCCCGCCCCCUCGCAGGGCCCCGAGUUCCGCGGCUGUUUUCACCUCCAAAGAAACUUUCCCGGACCUCUCGGCUGCUGCGACGCUCCAACCAACCGCCCCGAGCCCGCCCCUGCCUUCCGCCCCGCCCCGCUCCUCCCCCGGCAUGCUAAUGACGGCCUCCGCGAGCGGCCGAUUGGGUGCGGCCUCCCCCUGGGGCGUGACCAUGCAGAUAAGGGUCGGCGCGCCGCUCGCCGAUUGGCUGGGGUGGCCGCUGAGCCGCGUGGGAGAGUGCAGGUUUGUAACCGCUGCCCCAAGAGGCCUGGAGGCCGGGGAACCGCGCCCAGCGCUUGGAGGAACUUGAAACCGCUGGUGUGCGACCCACCCGUGGGAGGGCCGUCGGAGGAGGCCCAUCGCCUCCUCCCCGGCCCACAUGAGGCCUCGGAAAGCUGCGGGCAGGCUGGGGUGGCGCGGGCCUGGAGGCGGGUGGCAGGGGGCGCGGCCCCCCGGGCGCUGUCGCUGUCGCUGGCGGCGCGGCUGAGCUACGCGGUGGGCCACUUCCUCAACGACCUGUGCGCGUCCAUGUGGUUCACGUACCUGCUGCUCUACCUGCACUCGGUGCGCGCCUACAGCUCGCGCGGCGCCGGCCUGCUGCUGCUGCUCGGCCAGGUGGCCGACGGGCUCUGCACGCCGCUCGUGGGCUACGAGGCCGACCGCGCCGCCGGCCGCUGCGCGCGCUGCGGGCCCCGCAAGGCCUGGCACCUGGUCGGCACCGUGUGCGUCCUGCUGUCCUUCCCCUUCAUCUUCAGCCCAUGCCUGGGCUGUGGGCCGGCCACGCCCGAGUGGGCCGCUCUGUUCUACUACGGCCCCUUCAUCGUCAUCUUCCAGUUCGGCUGGGCCGCCACACAGAUCGCCCACCUCAGCCUCAUCCCGGAGCUCGUCACCAAUGACCAUGAGAAGGUGGAGCUCACGGCCCUCAGGUAUGCCUUCACCGUGGUGGCCAACAUCACCGUCUUCGGGGCCGCCUGGCUCCUGCUCCACCUGCAGGGCUCUGCGCACGCUGAGCCCGCCGAGGAUGCAGCGGACCACCUGGGGGUCCAGGACGUGCCAGUGUUCCGGAACCUCUCCCUGUUUGUGGUGGGUGUCGGCGCUGUCUUCUCGCUGCUGUUCCACUUGGGCACCCGGGAGGGGCGCCGGCCGCGGGCAGAGGAGCCCAAUGAGCACAGCCCCCUUUUGGCCCCUGCGACAGCCCGGCCCUUGCUGCUCUGGAAACAUUGGCUUCGGGAGCCGGCCUUCUAUCAGGUGGGCUUGCUGUACAUGAGCACGAGGCUCAUCGUGAACCUGUCCCAGACGUACAUCGCCAUGUACCUCACCUACUCCCUCAACCUGCCCAAGAAGUUCAUCGCCACCAUCCCACUCGUAAUGUACCUCAGUGGCUUCUUCUCCUCCUUCCUCAUGAAGCCAGUCAACAGGUGCAUCGGGAGGAACAUGACCUACUUCGUGGGCCUCCUGGUGAUCCUGGCCUUCGCGGCCUGGGUGGCGCUGGUAGAUGAGCUGGGCGUGGCCGUGUACGUGGCAGCCGUGCUGCUGGGCGCGGGCUGUGCCACCAUCCUCGUCACCUCGCUGUCCAUGACGGCCGACCUCAUCGGCCCGCACACGCACAGUGGAGCCUUCGUGUACGGCGCCAUGAGCUUCUCGGAUAAGGUGGCCAACGGGCUGGCGGUCAUGGUUAUACAGAGCCUGCACCCCUGCUCCGUGGAGCUGUGCUGCAGGGCCUGCGUGGGCUUCUACCACUGGGUGAUGGUGGCCGUGACGGGCGGCGUGGGCGUGGCGGCCGCCCUCUCUCUGUGCAGCCUCCUCAUCUGGCCCAUCCGCGUGCGCAGCUGGGACCCUGGAGCCCGGCCCUGACACUCCAACGUGGCCC